UUUGAAGCGGGUUGUUGACAUCUAUGGUGAUACGUCUUUCCGUCAAGGAUGCACUAUGGCAGAAUUAUGUCAAUCAAAGAUAUCUGUGAACCAUACAGGAAUAUGUUCACAUUGUUGCUCAUCUGAUCUUUGCAACAGUGUUGGAUGUGGGGAGGAAGCACCGAAACGACAAAAUGGUACACUUUGCUAUCAGUGUGACGGACAACUGCAGUCUGAUUCAUGUCAUAAAGUAACAUUUUGUGGAGAUGAUGAGAUGUGUCACAUAUCAGAAGAAUCAUGGAACGGAGAAAUAAUAUAUCGAAGUGGUUGUAAGGAUAACAAUAUAUGUGCAAGUGAGCAGUACCCAUAUCCUGUUCUUGGAAGAAGGAAUAAUAGAUCAAUCCAGAAAAUCAGAUGCUGUAAUUACAAUUUGUGUAACGAAAGAUUCCAAAGUCAGACGUUAACAAUAAAGCCAGUGAAACCUGACAAAUUGAAUACAGUUACUGUCAAAACUAUUGAAGCCACGACACUUACAACAAAAAGCUACCUUACAACGCCCGUAAUAAAUAAAGAUUCACAACCUACUGAUUUCAUCUUACUAUUUCCGGACAGUAAAUACUAUGAACACGCUCAACCUAAAGUAAUCUUAACAUCAAGCGACUCCGAAGUAUUGUCAGCUUUUGAAUUCGGUACUCAUGUCACCCAAAAAUUCAGUCUUAUACGAGACAAGACUGAAUAUCUCCUAGAUCAGAACGUGCUUAUGACUGAUGGACUAAAGCAAGCUGGUCUACAGAUAUAUGGCCGGAAUAUUGCGUCUGUUUAUGGAUUUAUUUUAAAUCCUCCUUACUAUCAACAUCAUUACAGUGACGGAUAUUUAGCAAUACCUACUCGUUAUCUAGGUACCACUUACAUUAUUCCUUCAUUUCAAAACAUAAAUUCCCGAAAUGUGAUCACUCUAUCACCAAAAAAAUCGUACACAUCGGUAACGGUGAACCUGAAAAUCUCUCUUGGCUUUGUAAAGUUCAACAAUCAACAAUAUUUUAAUGGUGAUAAUAUAACAGUUAUGGUUAACAAAUAUGAAACAUUUCAAAUUUCGUUAAAUGCAACUUCUGAUUUAACGGGGACCUUGGUCACAAGUAGCGAUCCUAUAGCUGUUGUAAGUGGUUUUAAAUGUGACAAUACAAGUUACAACAUAGAGUGUAAUCCAAUGAUUGAAAUGGUUCUGCCAAUUGACCAACUGGAUAUUGCUUAUAUAAUUCCACACAUAAACAUACGACCUGACAGUGUUGUUAGAUUGUUGAGUGUCAACGAUACCUUGGUAACGAUUCAAUCUAAGUAUAGUAAUAAUGUGACAAGACAGAUCAAUGGAAGACAUUUUUAUGACUUCCCACAUAAUGAGGUAUCACGUGUUACAGCUUCCAGUGAUAUAUCUGUGAUGAUCUACCCACAGACAUUCGGUAUUGACAAGGGGGAUGCUUUCAUGAUGACAAUACCUGGUAUCAACCAAUACCGACCAUAUUACCACUUCGUCGUACCGGAAGGUUUUCUAAGUUAUAUUAGCAUAACUGUAAUAACGGGAGAAUUUAAUAAUUUCUUGCUAGAUGGACAUACUGUUAUUUCUGCAGAUAAAGUACACACAUUGGUUUUUGGCAUAUUUAAUUAUAGUUCCUUCACGAAACCAAUUUCAAGUGGUGAACAUACUCUGAAACAUAAGUCCGGAAUAAUAUUUGGACUUUGGGUUUAUGGAAGUGUGGGCUACGAUGCUUAUGGAUAUCCUGCGGGAAUGAACUUUCGACAAUAA